UUUGGAAAAAAAAGACCAAAGGGAAAAAGUGCUGCUUUCUUUUCAGUGUUCUUUUGUGGGUAGUGGCGACACCUAGUGGUUGAGCUUGAAACGUCCACAUGCUUCAGUAAUAAGCAGAGAGUAAAGUUUUGACAAUGAGGAGAAUCGGUACAGGGCAGCAGCUCCUAAACUCUGUGUUUGUACAUUUAAUGUAUUUUAUUUAAGUUUUUCACAGUUUGUUGGCUGCUUUCAAGAAGACAAAUGUAGAAAGAAGAAAAUAAAUUCUUGUCCGACAUCAGUUGGAGCCUGGUUCAUCUGUUCUCUUUUAUGGAGAAACUAUUUACCAAGGUCCACUGUCUCGUAGUUCAUUUAUCUUUUUGCACAGAUAUUCCACAGUAAUACACAAACAAGAACACCACGUUUAUGAAAUGUACCCUUCAGUGUUUGAGAACAUGAAAUUGUCUUUUCUCUUUCAGAUCCGGUUUGUGUGAUGUCAUCCUGUGAUGAGGCUGAGGAGAAGCGUGUUGGCGCCGCCUCCGUCCCGUGCGUAAAGACGCAUUAAGAAGUGGCACAGCGGCUGAUAAGCCAGACAGGACGCGCGUUUGGUUACAGCAUGAUGUUUCCAGUGACUCUCCGACGCGCUCGUGGGGACAUGGUCUCUCUCUGCCGGAGAAGGAGGUUGUCUCCCCGGCUUCACCCGAGGACCGUCGGACAGUGAGCGAGCCGGAGGACCGUCCGGUCUGGAGGCUGGAUGGACAGCAUGUCUCCACAGCAGCGGCAGGAAAGCGGCGUCGGUCGAGGCGCAGGGCAGCAGGAAAACAAGCGGAGGAUGAAGUCUCAGAGUUACCGGCGUCAGUCUGCUCCGUCUCUGGUCAUCACCAAGGCCCUGACCAGGUCCAAGACUCUCUCCAGGGAGAGCUUCCUGGUUCCUCCGUGUCCAGAGACGUGCCCAUUGGUGCAGAACUUCCUGUCCGGCUCUGACAGGUCCUUCCUUCUCCACGGACAUGCUCAGUUGAAGACGGGGAUGCAGACUCAGGACAGACACCUCUUCCUGUUCACCGACAUCCUGGUUAUCGCCAAAGCCAAGUCAGCCAACCACUUCAAGCAGAAGGCCCAGGUGCGUGUGUGUGAGAUGUGGACGGCGAGCUGCAUGGACGAGGUGUGUGAGGGCAGCACCAAACCUGAGAGGAGCUUCGUCAUGGGCUGGCCCACCUGCAACUGUGUCGCCACGUUUAGCUCACAGGAACAGAAAGAGAGAUGGCUCUCCAUCGUCAAAAGUCGGAAUAAAGAAGAGAAAGAGAAGGAGGAACCUAAAACCAUUCCUCUGAGAGUGUACGGGAAGGGGAUCAACACCUUCGCCGUCACCAAGACGCUCCCCGUCAGCAACUCAGAUUCGACCAAUGAGGUGAUCCGACUGGCUCUGCAGCAGUUUGGCAUCAUAGGAAACGUGAAGGACUAUCAGCUGUGGGUCGUCUCCAAGAGGGACAACGCCCCCUAUCCUCUCAUAGGUCACGAGUUUCCGUUCAGCAUCCAGAUGAGUCACGUGAGACACGCGCCGUCUCAGGCAGGCCGGGACGCCGCGGCGCCACCUGCAGACAGACAGAGGGCCGUGCAGGCGGAGCAGCUGCAGGCGAGCAAGCAGUGCCAGUUCGUCCUGAAGCCUCGACCCGUGGACACGCUGCUGCAGCAGCAGCACGUCCGUGCAGACUUGUCCCAGAAGCCCUUAAAGAGGAGGCGAUCCCUCAUCACCUGGGCCUUCUGGCGAGGCUCCUCCUCGCACCUGAACGAGCUGUCCCUUGCCGGGGCGUCCCGCGGCUGCCUGUUCGGACAGCCGCUCAGCUGCGUGUGUGUUGAGGACACGCUGCCGAAGCCCGUCAUGGACAUGUUGGCGUUUCUGUACCACGAGGGUUCCUGGACGCGGGGGAUAUUCCGCCGGCCGGCGGGGGCUCGGGCAGUCCGGGAGCUGCGUGACUCUCUGGACGCCGGACACUUUCAGCUUCCUCUGACGCGGGACCACGUCUUCAUCAUCGCCGGAGUCUUUAAGGACUUCUUGCGUAGCAUCCCGGGAAGUUUGCUCUGCUCUGAGCUGCACGGGGAAUGGAUGGAUGUUCUGGAGGAAGAGGAGGAGGAGGAGGAGGAACGGGUGGAGGACAUAAAGAGGAUGAUUUGUCGGCUGCCCAAAGGAAACGCGCUGCUGCUGCGCCACCUGCUGGCGCUGCUGCACGGUAUGCAGGGCAACGCCCACGAGAACCAAAUGACGACUUUCAACUUGUCGGUGUGCAUUGCUCCCAGCAUGCUUUGGCCUCCCGGAGCGCCGUGUAGCCCCGAGGUGGAGGGAGAGGGCACGAAGAAGGUUUGCGAGCUGGUGAAGUUCAUGAUCGAAAGCUGCCAGAGGAUCCUGGGUGAGGAUCCCGCCUCUCUGUUCGGGGGGCCGCCGCUGAGACUCGACACGGACGAGAUGGGAUCAGACUGGACGUACCCUCUGACCGACUCGUCCUACGACAGUCUGGAGAACGAGCUGGACAACAUCAGCGGCGGGUCGCCCGGUCUCUGCAGCCGACGGCGACUCCGGCCCAAACCGCUUCAGGGCAGCCUGGACUCCGUCCUCACAUUAAGCGACUGUGACCAAGACACGGACGCGCUCCACCCCCACGCCGACAGCCCGCUCAGUCUGGGGAGAUCCAGAGGCGGGAGACAGGAUCCCGACCGGGACGCGGCGGCUGAGGACGCCCCCUCCAUCCUCGACUCCCUGUCCCUGGAUGGUGGGCACAGACUGAGGCGGCGCUCGGAGCCGGCAAUCGCAUUCAAGUUCCAGCUCCACGUUUCGGGGAGCGCAGAAGGUCUCACUGGCGAGGAUGAGGACGCUGAAGAAGAGCUUACAAAGAAGCCGAGCAUCCACACACACUGCAGGGGUCAGAGCCGGAGAGGUGGAGGAGCGUUACAGCUGCCUGGAGGGGGGUCGGGGGCUCUGCGAGCCAGCUCCUCCAGCCUCUCCUCCACCUCUCCUGCACCCACACACUCCUCCCUGGACUCCCUGAGCAGUGAACACACCUCCGCCACCAAGACGCACCCGGCCUCCAGCGGCUCCUCCGGGUCCACCGGCGACGCCGCGCUGACCUCCACUGAACCUCCGGACAUGUGGGCUAUGCCCAAAGGCUCCCCACCCAGAGAACCACUCAACUGGGGGACCGUGAGAGGCUGCAGGGGCCUCCACCCAAACUCCUGGCUUAAGAAAGACCGGAGACUGUCACUGACCCAACAGGAGAAAGACGAGGACAAGACUGAGGGAGGAGCCGCCGACAAGUCGCUCAAACUCGUCCCAGAGAAAGGAAAGGCCGGCCACAGGGGAGGAGGAAAACUAAACUACAGCAGAACCUGCAGAGCCACAAACGACGAUGUUAAACCGGCCUCUUCCAGCCCCCCGUGUCACCACCGCUCCACAGGAAGCCUCCUGUUCCCCAAAUCUCCCAUGUUCCACUGCUCAGACUCCCCCCACAGCAACCAGAGGCGUGAGGCCAGCGAGCCGAAGCAGCCGUCCGUACUUUACAAGCAGCGAACGCCGUCUCUGUCCCUGUUCAGGCGACACAAGUCCCAGUCCGUUGAGGAGGAGAGUGACCCCCGGCUCUGUCUGCGCCGGGGGUCAGAGCCCGUCGGGCAGGUGGCGGAGCGGGCCUCCACCUUGGGCCGGGCGAGGCUGCCCAGCGACCCGGGACUCAAGGUGACGGAGGUGGACCCACAGGGCGACACGCCGGCCCGUUUCUGCCUCUCCCCCUGCGCCACCAAAGCGGUACGGGACUACUUCUCGUCGCACCGGCGCAGCAACCCCCAGAGCGGCCAGCAUGUGGCGCUCGCCCUGGUGGAGAGCCGCAGGGAAUGGCUGAGGAGGUGCAGCGACCCCGAGGCCGAGCCCGACUUCGAGCAGCUUCUCUUCGCCGAAGAAUCCUACGUCUGACUACACGAGUAACCUGGAGGAGCGUAAGUUCGAUUAAAUGUGACGACAUUUUUCUCACCUUUGACCCUUCUUGGUUUCGAUGCGAUCCAGAGUUAACAGAAGUUAAACCCGGCUCCCGAGAGACGACCACUUCACAAACCUUUCAGGCCUCAAGGGUAAAAUGGUUUACUGUACCGGAGUCUCUGCCUGUUUGUUCUUGCGAGGCAAACAGGCACGUUUUGAAUCUUUCACUGUCAUAGUCUUAUUCCUCAAGAUUCACACGAGCAGAGAGAAUCUGUAUCAGGCCAAAGUUAAAACCACCUGGUGUUGCCUUCUUUGAAUUCACGAACAAAGUAGAAUUUCUCUGAUCUGAAAAAAAAAAGGUUCAUUUCUUCCCUCUGGAGCAACAUACAGUUUCUCCUACAAAGAAGCUUCAUACACAUUAUAUUUUAAUCUUUAAAGUUUGUCUGUUAAACAUCAUAGGCUAUUGCUCAGAGCUUUGGGCUUUCAAACGUUGGCAGUGGAUUAAAAUGUUGAUAUGAACAUAAGUAUGAGUGUUAGGGCCGCUUGAAGGAGAGAAAAAUGGAGAUCUCCAGAAUAAGUCGUAAUAUAUAUUAUGAUGAUUAAGUAGAGUUUUACGCUUAAGUUGUAAUACUGAGUAUAAAGUUCACAUUUCAAGGAUAAAGUGGUAAUUUUAGGCUACUUGUCAUUCGAGAGGCGGACAAUCAGAAGAGCUGUUGUUACUUUUUAAUUUCUCUGACUAUUACGACUUACAAGUCGUACUAUGAGAAUUAAUGUUAUGACUUCCUCCUGAUGUUAUUAAUUUAUUCUUGUAAUAUUCCAACUCUGAAUUUUUUUCCUCUUCAACACAUGGUCCUAACACUCUGCCGUAAUUAAGAGAUUAAGUCUUUUUUUUUAACUUUAACUUGUAGCGUAAAUGCAGCUGGCGCAGACAGAACUGCACUUUGAUUUAUUUAUUUUUGGUCUGUGAAUAUUCACAGUGGUCAUGUCAUAACGACAGAGGAUCUACACUGUACAUCCAUACGUUUUCAAAUUCACACAAGCAGAUUAGGAUCAAGUUUGCUUUGUAUAGAAAAUCUUAAUAAAAACCUGCUUUAGUUGAAGUCUACUGAUGUUUGUUCGAUGAUGUUUGCUCAGCAUGAUCACAAGCUUUUUUUUCUCUACCUGUUGCCAACUAUUUUUUUUUCCAGUUACAUGUUCAAGCCUGUAUUGAUUAGAAUUAAUCCAAACCGUCUCGUCCCAGUAAAACAAGGGUUUUUAUUUCUUAAAAUCAGGAUUGUUGCUUUCAUCUUGUCAAAGCCUCUUUGCUCUUUGUUCUGAGUAUUACGUAAACUCUGCUUUCGCAAAUAAAAUGACCUGUUGAGUGAAAACCUGAGGAAAUGGUUUGUGAUGUCGGCAAAGGAGGAAAACAGGAAGUGAAUAUUUUCAAACAGGUACAAACGGACAGAUAAACACUCCUUUUAGAAAGGUGAUUUAUUACAUUAUUUUUCACUGUAUACGUAGAUGUGUGAGUUCUAGCUAUGUACAAUCAUAUGGUGAAAUUACACGGGAUACAUGAUAGAUUCUAUCAAACCAACAGUGGAAUAUAUACGUUGUAAAAUAAAACGUGUCGUCGGGGUGGAGGGUCUUUGAGGCGUCCAGAGCUGGUUUCCUUUCAGUCGGCUUGUUUUCGGUGGGUACGACGGAAUUCAGCGGACACAACAACACCGUCUACCCCCACGCUCCGCGGCGGCAGGUUAAACGGACUCGUCUUUGCUCUGUCGGAUGUCUGCUACGCUCUCU